AACACACAGUCUCCUUCUCAAGAUUCAGAAGCCCAAAACCUAGUGUCAGGACAGACGAAGGAAAUAAUGGCGGUUCCGGUGGUUGGGUUCCCGAUCUUCAUGGUGGUGAGGGUGAUGGGAGCGAUAGCCACUGCUUUGGUUCUGACUUGGACUGUCCAUUACAGAGGAGGAUUGGCUCUUAUCUCGGAUAACAAAGAUCUCAUCUUCAAUGUUCAUCCUGUUCUAAUGGUGAUUGGGCUUAUACUCAUCAAUGGUGAAGCUAUGCUAGCAUAUAGGACAGUUGCUGGGACAAAAAGCUUCCGAAAACUAGUUCAUCUUACUCUACAAUUUGUUGCUUUUUGUUUAAGCGUGGUUGGUGUAUGGGCUGCUUUGAAAUUCCAUAACGACAAGGGCAUCGACAACUUUUAUAGCCUGCAUUCUUGGUUGGGUCUUGCUUGCCUUGCCCUCUUUGGUAUCCAGCUGGCUGCUGGAUUCGUAACCUUUUGGUACCCAGGUGGCUCAAGAAAUAGCAGAGUUACCUUGCUACCAUGGCAUGUGUUCUUUGGAGUUUAUAUUUAUGCCCUCUCAGUUGCUACUGCUACUACUGGUUUUCUAGAAAAGGCCACAUUCCUUCAGACCCACAAGAUAAUAUCACGGUAUUCUACCGAAGCUUUGCUGGUGAACUCUUUGGGCAUCUUGAUUGUUGUUCUGGGUGGUUUUGUUAUUCUUGCACUUAUUGCUCCUGUUCAUGGUAAAGCUGACAUCCACAAUCACAGAGAUGCAAUAGAGUAGACUCAAAUCUGUAUGUCUUAGUAAUUGAUAAAACAUGUAUUCUCAUAAUAUAUGAAUCUCAGAGUUCUUUUGUAUCACAAGCUUGAGAGUGAUUGAUUGCAUUGCUGGAAUUAUGGAAACUUAUGCUCCUUUAUGUUCUUGGGAUUGGUUUAGCUGUAUUUUUCUUUUCUCAAGAUGAUAGGAUCCUGUGGUUAUUUUGGUGAAGUACAUGGUUUGGUAUUUUGUUAA